AAUGACGAUAUAAAUUGCCUCUAUUUCAAUCCUUUCACCUUUUUAACGCCACUGCUUUCUCAACUUUCUCUCUCUCUCUCGAGAUCCUUUUUAUUUAUUUAUUUUUCUUCUAAAAGAUCCAUUAUGAGAUUCACUCUUGCAUGCGGAACGCUUCUCGUGAUGAUGAGUGCUCUAUCGUCUGCUCAGCCUAUUGAUAAACGCGAAUCGGGGGUUGACAAGGUCGUUCACACCAUUACCGGUUUGUUCAAGGGCUCGGCGACGUUUUUCCAUCCAGUAUCAGAGGGUGGACCCAUUGGUUCAUGUGGUCCAAAGGAAAACGACAAUAGCCCGAUCUGUGCUUUGAAUCUUCAUCAAUAUGGCGACGAAGACAGUAAAAGUCACUGGUGCGGCAAAAAAGUGCUCAUCAAGCAUAAGAACAAGCAGACAACGUGCACAAUUACGGAUUGUUGCCCUGGUUGCGGACCAAAUUCGCUCGAUCUUACUCCGAGAGUGUUUAGUCAACUUGCAGAAUAUGAUAUCGGCGUGAUCCCCAUCACUUGGUGUAUUAUUGGCACCAAAGGUUGCUCCAAGUAGGAGCAAGCAGGCAAAAAGCAGAGGAAAAAAUACCCCCCGUCAUGUAUUGAUUUUGUGAAAACCCGCCGAUGCCCUUUCUCCUCCUCGUCAGCCGUAGCGCAAAAUAGGCGAUCCAUUGAAUCUCGUGUCUUGUAUCAACCCUUGACAAGCAUGAAUGGAUUCCUUGUUCUUUUAAUGUAUUCUUAGUAUCGAUCUUUGUAAUUAAUAUACCAGCUUCAAAAAUAAAAAUAAAAAUAAGAACAAGGAAAAGGCAAAGGAAAAGGAAGACGACACAUCAAAACGGAGGACGUGCAUAUCGAAACGACAUCUGAACAAGACCUGGAGGUUGAAGUUUAAUACGGCAAGAGAUACGUGAAGCCUAAUUCUGGCAUGUAUUCUACAGUAUUCCCGCGCUGUUUUUCAGUUACCG